UUUUACAGCUCUGUCACGACUUUAGAAUUCGUGUGCGACCCUUACUCUAUUAGACAAAACCACAAGGCAAAAGUCGUCCAUACAUCGUUUCUCAAUUGCACGCUUCUGAGCUGAGAAAAUAGCAAGUGAGUGUAACUCUCUGCAAGUGAGUGUUCCCAUCCCUGACUACCACAUCCACAUCCUAAGGAAUGUGUAUGCCAAAUUUGAUUGAAAUUUCUUGACGCAUUGCAGAGUUAUGCCGGUACAUUGAUACAUUUAUACAUACGUACAUACAUAUCAACAUACAAAUAGACAAACAUACAAACAUAUAAACAUACAUGCAUAUAAACAUACAAUCAUACAUACAUUGACUUUUGUAUGUAUUGAUAAACAACUCUGCCGAAGAAAUGAACUAUAGGGUAGAAGUACCAAUUAUAGCAAUAGCACCAAUUAUGGCAAUAUGCGCUAAUAUUUUACAAAUUAAGCUAAAUUAUUAAAAUGUUAUACCAUGGAAACCAAUUUAUACAUCAAGUUAGAAGUUUUUUCUCAUAUACGCUUAAUUAAAUUGAAAAGAAACAAAUUAUUUUUGUGAAUUUACGCUUCUUUAAAGUGCAGUGUCGCAUUAUCCUCCAUCUCUUAGCAAAUUCGUAAAAACUAUGCGGGUAAAACCAUCUGAUUUCAAUAUCAAAUAUUGACUUUUUCUGACUUAUAAACAAAUAUGACGUAAAUUAUAACUUAAUAAACAUCCUAAUUGCACAAACUUAGUGAAUUUUAUUGAAAUAGUAUGAUAAUUUCGCAUGUCCAUAAUUGGGACCACCCUGCAUCGAGAGACCAAUUAUCGCAGCAUGCGAUACUGUUGCUGUGCACAUCUGUCAUUUUUCGUCAUAGUGCAAUAUUUACGUCCGAACGCUGGAAGCAAAAAUUUGUGUUCCGGUUAUUAUUUUAGUUAAUUCUGGCCACUGCAGUUAUUCCGCCGACAUCAGGUAUUAUUAAAAUAUUACUGUAUAUUCAUUUAACUGCAAAGCAACAUUUUAUCCUCCCUCAGUGAAGAGAAUUGUCAGACAAAAGAGGCACAAGACAAGCAAUAAAGAAGGUGCGACGAUUACUCUUUAUCCCUACUGGUAACAGAUAAUGACAUGAUCUCGAAAUUUUUUGUUGCAGACAAAACGGAAGCUGAAUUUGUUGCGUACUUUUCAACUCGUGAAUAAUCAAUUAUUGCUAACCCAGAGUCGAAACUGUUUGAUGAUAGAGCUUCACCAGAGUUGCAGUGUUUACCGACUCGAAGUUACCGUUCGAAAAUCGCAAUGCAAGGCUUAAAAAUCUCUAAACUCGUGGUGUACGAUGUUAAUCCCAUUAUUUUCAAGAUGGGACAAACUUAUGUCGCAUGGGUUUGUUUGUCGCAACAAAUACAGGUUGCGACAUUGUCAUUAUUGUUGCGCGAUGGUUGAAUUUUGAUUCACUGUCCUCCCUAGAAUGGCACCACCUCGGAAGCAAAAGCAACGUAAACAUUACUCUGAGGAAGCAAUUUCUAAGUGUCUCCAGUUCAUCGCAUCCGGAAGAAGUGUCUACGCGGGUUGUAAGGAGUUUGGAAUCCCAAUGUCCACUGUCCGUUACAGGAUGAGUGACAGUUGGCAGCAUAAAUGCAGACCGGGUCCACAGCCCAUUAUGUCCACACAGGAGGAGCAGCAGAUUGCUAACUGGCUCGUUGGAAUGCAGGAGCGGGGUUUUCCUGUUACCCGCCACGGUUUGCGGUUUAAGUUGGCUGAGUUCCUGUCCUCUUAUCCCCGAGGCAAACUGUUCCGUAACAAUCGACCAGGACGCAAAUGGAUGGACGAGUUUCUGCGACGCAAUCCAGGAUUUUCGUUUCGCACACCAGAAGCAGUGUCCCUUGCUAGUUCUCGGGUAAGCGAGGAAGAUAUCCGUGGAUGGUUCCGGAUGGUGGACAAGUGGCUCUCUGAAAAACAAAUGCGAGAGAUAUUGGAAGACCCAACUCGAGUUUUCAAUGCGGAUGAGACCUCAUUCUAUUUGCACCCCGUUUCAAAGGAGGUUAUCGCCCGUACGGGAUCUCGUAACGUGUAUGAGGUACAACAGGCAGUGGCAAAGCAAAACGUCACCGUGAUGUUUGCCUUUGGUGCAUCAGGCGUUGUUGUUACUCCACACGUUAUUCUCCCAGGAAAACGGAUCCGGAAGGAGGUCGCUCAAGGUUUUCCUGCGGAUUGGGGUCUUGGCUUGAGUGACCGCGGAUGGAUGGAUUCUCCAAACAUGGGCGAAUUCAUUGUACGAAUUCUGCAUCCAUACCUCGUGAAGCAUGGCAUUAAACUUCCGGUGAUUUUGUUCGUAGAUGGACAUUCAUCUCACAACGCGCUGGAGGUUGCGGAUCUGUGCCUCUCUAAAGGAAUUGUGCUAAUUGCCCUUUACCCAAACACAACGCAUAUUACCCAGCCUGCGGAUGUAGCUGUGUUCAAACCCUUGAAAAGUGAAUGGAAACGAUCAGUUGACGAAUGGCGAAAUGAACAUCAAGGAUGUGCCCUUACAAUGCCGCAUUUUGGACGCGUUCUGGAGAAAGCUGUUGAGAGGGGUAUAAAGCCGACCACUAUCCAGAAUGGAUUCCGCAUUUGUGGAUUGCAUCCGUUCGAUCCUGACGCAGUGGACUACUCUAAGUGUGUUGCUAAGGCAAAAACUACUGCAUUGGUUGAAGCACCAGAGACAAUAGAUUCAGCUGAGCCGUCGGUACCACCAGUUGGUCCACAAGAAUCAUUCCAAGAGACGCUAGAACAAACUUCAAGGCAAGCGGAUGGACCAGGCGUAACCAUAAGCUAUGAUCGGAUAAUCGAAGCUUAUGAUAUUAUUGGACCUAGCACGAUAGCUAAAAUCGAGGGUGCCGCCAAUUUGCUAUCGCGAGAAGAACGCAUAAUACGUUUCUUCUAUCGACAAUUUGUUCGUCCCCACAUCAAUUUUACCGACAUGCCGCCAUCAAUGGAAACUUGUACCCCAUCAAACGAUCAACUUCAUCUCGACACAAUUUCCAACGCUGAUCCUGUGGCUGAUUCAACGUCUGUACAAAUUGACAUCAACAAUUGUGAAAUUGUUGAAGUUGACGACAUAAGUGCCUACUGUGAGAAACUCGACCUUACGCAUGCUGAAUCGUUGAUAGAUUCUCUGGAGCAUGCUAACGCUAUCAACAGUUGUGCUGAUUCCAAUGAAGAUAACGAGCCUAAUGAACCAGAAACUAAACAUUUGAUUGAACAGGAUCUCCUUGAUUGUGGUGCAACACCAAAUAACAUCGAAGGGGAAUCAUUCCACGAAAGUCCUAUUUCCGAUCACGAAGGAUUGCAGGAUAUUACAAACAAACCGCAGAUGGCUAAGGUACGCAGACUUUCAGAUGUGUUACGACUUCCACCUACGCCUUGUCGUAGUGUAAAACAUCGCAAUUAUGCAAGACAGUACCACCCUGUGCUGACAGCCGGAGAACGUCUAGAGGAACUACGUAAGAAGGAACAACAAAAAGUGGAAAUGGAGCAACAAAAGAAAAGAAAGGCAUUGGAACGACAGGACGCGAAACAAAAGCGCGAGGAAGCUAAAAAGGCUAAAUUAGAAGAGCGUGAAAGGAAGAAAAAGGAACGAAAGCCAAAGAAGAUUCGAGUGAAAGCUGAGAAGAAGCGAGUUGCUAUGAGGGAUUGAUGUUUUUUUUUUAUUAUUAUUAUUGAUUCAUAUGAAUGAUUGGUUACGUAUCACAUGAAUUGAAAUACGUUUACGGCGUAACCUGCAAUGAAAACCUGUUAAGUUUUGAGGAAUGAAAUAAAUAAAAGAAAAAAAAAUAAAGAGGGUUCACUGCUUUUUUUCAAUAAAAUACAAUGAAACAUCCGAUUACCGACAGAAAAUCAAAUUUUUCAAGUGUUUAUUAUUUUAAUUGGAUUAUUUAUUUGAGUACUUUUGAUGCAUAUUGAAUUACGGUUAUUAUUUUUGAAAAUUUAUGUAAAUCCUUUUUUCUGAUUCUGAUGGUUGCGCUAUAACAUAAUUUUGCAUGUUUAAAUGCGUAUGUGCCAACUUGUAACGUAAUUGAGGGAAGUUGAGGGGGGGGUGAGUGGAAUGGGGACCAUACACAGACAAUGGGCAAAACGGACAAUAAAUUAUCUUAUUUCACUGGGUUUAUCUUGCAGCAAAACAAUUAUGAAACAUUAAGAGAAGCAUAAGGAAGCGUGCACGCUCCCUAAUUAUGCUCAGUAACAAUUUAAAAAAAAAAAACGUUGUUUUCGGAAUGCUAGAUAUAUGUUCAUUAUAAAGAACCCUUUGGCUGAUACUAGAGAAACCUCAUUAAUCUUAUUUUGAGUAACACUUAUUAAAACUAUCAAUUUUUGUUGUUGAAUGAGCUAUAUGACUAUAAUUGGUGCACAUGUAGCGAAAUGCCAGGAACACUAUUGCCAUAAUUGGUACACGGCAGUGUCGUUUAAAUUGACAUUUAAAGCUGUUUUAAACCAAUUAAUAAGUAAAAUCAUAGCAUGGAAUCUUUUUAAAACAUUUCAGUGAAAUGGUAAACGUACUGCAUCAUAAAAUUUGUGCGGAUAGUUAUUAACUACUUGUUGAUUUGUAUACACAGGUGACAUAUUAACACCAUAAUUGGUACUUCUACCCUAAACCAUUAAUUAUUGUCAAGAUUCCAGGGAAAUAAAUUAUUUUCGCAUUGGAAAUGUAGCUCAUAGAUCGUGACAAUAUGUAAUCUUUGCAGUAUCGUUUACGCCACCUAGUGAACCAGUCACAAACUAUAUUGUCCACUAUGAGCAAGGUAUGGGUGUGGAGAGCAUCUUCUCGGAAGAAAGUAUUCUAAAAUUUUGCAUAAUUCUGGAGAUAUUCACAUCAAAAGGACUGUCCUAUUUAUAGGACGCUGGGCGUUCGGGGCAUCUGUCCUAUAAAUAGGACGCUGGGCGGAUAUGGGUUAAGGAAUCUUUUGCGAUUGUAAAAAUCUCUUGUUGAUUUCUGAUACGAAUUAUUCACAAAAUGUCGUCUGCUGGUUCAACGAAAGCUUCACGGGUAAAAAUGAAGUAUUGAUAGCCAAAACGUGAUAUUGGUUUGAUUAUUAUAAGCGAUAAAAGAUCUAGAAAUAUCAGAAAAGUCUUCCUGGAACAUUUGAUACUUGAACAACAAACAAUAGCUUGUUGCUAUAGGUUAUAUCAUACAGAAGCUAAAUAUGAUAUGAUGAUAUUUCAGGAAUACAUUUUAGAUAUUAUUUUCGGAUAUUAUACCUCUUGUUCAGGGAUGGAAAAUGUCAUAGAAAUAGCAUUUCGUUAUUUGCUAAUUUCACUGCACUUAGUGGGAAAUGUUAACCGGCGACAUUAUUGAUUACCCAUAACUAAUCAGCGUUAUGGACGGGUGAUGCGUACGAACCGAAUUUUACACCGGCAAUGGUUUAAAUAGAAAAAUGUCAUGACAUUUUUUGCAUGAAACUCUGCGAUUUUUUCCAUCCCUGCUCAUGUUUAUAUCAAUUUUACUUUUUGAUUUCCGUAUAAAAAUAUUUGACUUGUUCCUCUACUUGGGUUUCCAUUUAUUUUAAAAAGGGUUUUCUACACGGUAAACAUCUUUGAAAAUUUCACUAUACUAAUUCCUGCUAGCCAAAAUUGAACCCCUGGUCAAAUAAUUCCACCCUCUGAUCAUUUUUCUGCAAAUAUAAACACGCACGAAUACGGUACUAAAUCACGGUACAUUAUUCAAAUCUAAUCUAUCUAUCCAGAGAACGAGCGGAAGAAAAGAAAGCGCAAACAUUCGCGAUCACUAGGAAAUCCUAGACCACUUCUCAUCAUCUCGUAACCAAACGAGUGAGGGUGGGUGGUUUUGUUGGCACUCCACUAUGUCCGGCUCUGGCUAGGCCACAUGAGAUUGCUUGACCAAGCUGCUAGACCCAUCCACAAUCAAUUCCGGGUCGGGCAGGGAAAGGGCAGAGGCAAACGAGAACCGCGGUGCGUGGCUUUAUCAUGUCAAUCGUCGUCCAUCCAUCGAUGGAACGGGAACAACUUUAGAUGGACUUGCAGUCAGUCAGUGAAGCCAAAGAGCCUCUAGUACGACUCCAGUCAACAGUACUGAUCGCGAUCGAUCGAGCGAUAGCAUGGAUCCUCUGAAUUCGUAGCUUAUGGGCUUCGUGGAUUCAAAUCAAGAGCAAUGCGCGGCGACCACGACGACGACGAUGAUGCCGGGCCGGAAUUGUUGUGAAAGGGAGGCACUCUCGGAGAAGAGGUUCAAUGGCCAUCGUCGUCGUCUUGCAGAAGACGAGAAGAUCGUGUGGACGAUCAUCGCUCUACCGAGCUGGGUUUAUUGGUUUUGGUGCUGAGCUGCUCGCUCUUCGACUUCUCCUUUGGUGUUCUCUGCUUACGAGGGAUCGUGACCAGGGUGACACAGGGGGCGGGGUGUUGCCGUUGCCUCUCCCUCGCUUCAUAUCCAGUUUUAAUUCAUUAGAGAAAUUGAAAAAUGAGUCCCGGGUGUUGGAAAUGAAAUAAAGAUUAAGAUUUGUUUAACCUUUUUUUACAAGGCUGGAAGACGGUGGCGGCGAAGUGUGCAGAGGGUGGCGAAAAGACAAACGUGUGGGGAAGGAAUUUCAAUUCACACCUUGUUUUCGUUGGGCUUGGACGUGAGGAGUAGAAUCUGAGUAGAGUGACCGUUAUGAUUCAAAUUUUAAACCUGACUCAUACUUUUAACUGUUUAAUGUUUUUGAUGGAUUUACAAGGAGGAUAAAUUAGAACAAAUUAGUAUUAAAAUAUCUAAGCAGUAUCACCAGAACUACGUGGAUAUUUUUCACAAAUUUUCUGUUUGAACUAGUUUAAUUUUCAACACAUUUGUGCCUACGAAAUUCGGGCUUUACGUUAUGUCAACUAAUUGAAUUAUGUAGUUUACAGCAUUUUUGAGCCCAGGUCAUUUAAAAUGUAGAAUCAGAGUUCGAAAACGCAAAGAGAAACAAUUACAGUGGAGCGGACAUUUUUUCGACUUCCCAUAUCCCUUUCGCGACGAACCAAUACAAUUGUGCUGUUGAGCAACAACAGUUUUGCGUUAAUUUUUCGUCUGUUUAGUCUUCAUUCUAAGUUAUGUGAAUUAUUUUAAUAAUUGAGCCAUCACUAAUACAUACUUGCAUGUGUGCAAACCAACUUUUGUUUACGUUGUGUGUGAGAUUUACGACAAGUUAAACAAAAAAGAGCAAAAAUGGUAAAACAUGGAAAAGUUUUAUCUGUCGCAAAUUUUGUAUUUCCGAUUUAUCUAGAUGGACAAAGC